UCUCGAAGGUACAUGAAUAGAUUUCUCCCCCAUUAUUCGGUGUGUGUGCUGUCCAUUUGCGGUAAUAUUGGAGACGUAUAGAACAAAAUAGAGUUGGGAAUCAUGGCUCCUCUUAUCACCCUCAUCUCCGGCUGCUCCACCGGGAUCGGCAUGGAGCUCGCGGUCAGGUUGGCCAAGGAUCCAAACAGCAAGUACCUGGUCUAUGCCACGAUGAGAAACCUAGGAAAGAAGGACGCCCUCACGGAGGCUGCGGGUGACAACCUCGGCAAGACACUGUUCAUACGUCAGCUUGACGUCACACUAGAUGAUCAAGUUAAGAGCAUCUAUGAUUUCAUCAUGGAGAAACACGGGCGUAUUGAUGUUCUAGUUAACAAUGCUGGUUAUGGUUUCUUCGGACCUCUGGAGACGAUGGGUAUGGAUAAAGCUAAGAUCAUGUUUGAAACCAACUAUUUUGGUACAGUUAGAUUGAUUAAAGGAGCUCUACCAGUCAUGAAGAAACAGAAAUCUGGUAGUAUCGUCAAUAUCAGCAGCAUUGUCGGACAUCUUGGUAUUCCGUUUAUGGACAUGUACAACGCUAGUAAGUUUGCAAUGGAAGGACUAACCGAAUCAUUACGGCCACAACUCAAAGAAUUUGGAAUAGGUAUUAGCACCGUGCAGCCUGGGCCCGUAUUGACUAAAUUUGGAGAAAAUAUGAUGGCGAUCUCUGAUUUCGAUGAGAACAGUGUAUCCGAAGAUACAAAGAAGCAAUUUAUGGAGUUUCGGAAGAUUAUUAGCAAUCCCGACAUCCUCAGUCCUCAGACAGCCGAGCCGGUCAUUGAUGUCAUCGUUAAAGCCAUUGAGGCCGAGAAACCACGACUACGCUACCCAACCAGUCCGAAUGUAGGUGAUUGGUUAGCCAAGAGAUACGUCACAGAAGAUGUAACAGGCACGGAGAGUUGGUUCUAAGAUCGGCACGUGUCCCGUCCGGGGCGAUUUUUUUAUUCUUACGGAAAUUUCGGACUUUUAUCUUUCUGUAUACCACAGAUAAGCCGUUUCGGAGUCUUUGAAUUAGGCUACAUGGCAUUGACUUCUGUUUAGUCCAAAGCCUCCCCUUAUCUUUUUUUUUCAAGCAAAAAACGGAGAAAUUGUUAAUUUUAAGUACUUGCCUUUACAUUGGGAUUCGAACCUGCACAAAGCCAUUGUGCAAGGAUUAUCCCAUCGCGCUACGCUGACCGGUUCUACUCGAAUCAUUGCCAAUUAAUUUAAAUCUUUCCGGUGAUGUCGGGAAGAAAAUGUUCGUAGGAAAAAAUAAUCGCGUCCAGGGCAAAAGGACGUUUUUCCUACAAGUCCCGUUUCAUCUGUCAGUUACCAUAUAUAAUAGCAGUGUUUCUCAGCCAAUCAUAAUCAAUGAAAGUUGUCAAAUCUGACAACUUUUCGGACAAAAAAGGUGAUGGUGAAACGUUCUCCUUCGCGGUUUCCUUUUCACAAAUAUUUACAACUAUGUAACUUUGUCAUUAUUAUACCUGUCAUGGUAACCUUAAUUGUGAUA